AUGGACAAGUCCAUCCCAUACAGCAUUGACCCCACCGAGGACGUCAACGACGAUGGCGUCGUCCUCGGUGAGAAGACGGGAACGGUGGCAGACAGGAAUGCUAUGGCGCGAUUGGGCAAAGAACAGGUCUUCAAGCGUAACUUUGGUUUCGUGUCUAUCUUCGGCUUUGCUCUCAUCAUCAUGAGCACCUGGGAGACGAUUCUGUCGACUCUAGCCUUCGGAUUGGGCAAUGGCGGCCCUGGAGGACUUAUCUGGACCUUCGUCGCGGUGUACAUUGGAUUCAUUCUUAUCAGUGUUUCAAUGGCCGAAAUGGCCUCCAUGGCUCCCACCUCGGGCGGUCAAUAUCAUUGGGUCUCUGAAUUUGCUCCUCCAAGUGUCCAGGCAUUGUUGUCGUAUUUCAUCGGGUGGUUUGGCAUCCUCGGUUAUCAGAUUGGAACAACUAUCGGCGCAUUCGUUGCUGGGACGAUGAUCCAAGGCGUCAUCAUCUUGAACAAUCCCGAUACGUAUGCACCUCAACGAUGGCAUGGAACCUUGAUCGCGAUGGCCAUCACCAUUUGUGUGGCCCUAUUCAAUAUUUUCCUCGCGAACCACCUUCCAUUGGUCGAGGGAAUCAUCCUGGUGCUUCACAUUGCUGGGUUCGUGGCUAUUGUGGUACCUCUCUGGGUUAUGGCUCCACGUACUCCAAGCUCUGAAGUGUGGACCUCCUUCACUGAUGCCAAUGGCUGGGGGAGCAUCGGAGUCGCCUGCCUGGUCGGUAUGAUCACCAACGCGGGUGCGUUAGUCGGAGGCGAUGCCGCUGCUCAUAUGGCCGAGGAGUUGAAGAGCGCCUCGAAAAUCCUCCCAAGGGCGAUGAUCUGGACCAUAACCGUGAAUGGAAUUCUCGGAUUCGUUAUGCUUGUCACCUUCCUCUACACUCUGGGGAACCUGGAUGAUGACCUCGCAUCGCUGACGGGUUAUCCUGUCAUUCAAGUGUUCGCCACGGCUACCGAGUCCAGCGGAGGCGCUGUCGGUCUUACCACAAUCCUCAUCAUACUCAACGUGUGUGCAAACCUAACCACCAUGGCCGGCUCUUCCCGUCAACUCUUCUCCUUUGCUCGAGACAAGGGUGUUCCUUUCCACCGCUGGGUGUCCCGGGUACCACCUGGGUACGACGUGCCGGUCAACGCCAUCAUUGUCUCCGCCUUCUGCUCAUGCGUUUUCCACUGCAUUAAUAUUGGCUCCUCGAUUGCCUUCAACAUCAUCAUGUCCAUCGGCACAGUUGCAUUGAUCACGAGUUAUAUGACCUCGAUCGGCAGCAUAACCUGGAGGCGGAUCCGUGGCCUGCCUCUUCUCCCGUCCAAGUUUUCUCUCGGCAAAUUUGGCCUUGGGAUCAAUGUGGCCGCGCUUUGUUUCUGCGCCGUGGUCUAUGUCUUCUCAUUUUUCCCUCCAAUGCCAAAUCCACCGGCAGCGGCAAUGAAUUGGGCCUGUGCCGUAUACGGAGGAGUGGUGCUGCUUGCUUCGGCUUACUAUGUUAUCCGCGCGAGACACGUCUACGUUGGACCGGUGGCUUAUGUCAAUAAGAAUGCUUAA